AAGGAACAAAUCGGCUUCGGAUAAUUGACGGAACGAUGAAGAAGACGACCGGUAAGAAGAGGCGUCUUCAAAAACCAGAGCCAUCGCCUGAUUCUUGCUUCAAUGGACCUCCAGCAAAAUCAAUCAGAACUGUUAAUGGCUUCAAUUUCUCAACAUCUGACCCGUAUCCGGCGCAUUCUUCGCCCACUUCGGACGAAUGUCUGUCCGUGAGGGACGAUCUGUUGAAUCUUCAUGGCUUCCCUCGAGAGUUUCUGAAGUAUCGGAAGGAGCGGGAGAGGCUGAGCGAGUGCUGCUCCAUCGUGGACGGCGGCCGCGGUGAGCACCGGGAUAAUGUGGAAUCGGAACCCGUUGAUGAGAAGGAGAGCGUUUUGGAUGGAUUGGUGAGGACUGUGCUCUCGCAGAACACUACGGAGGCUAAUUCUGAGAGGGCUUUCUCUUCUCUCAAGUCUGCUUUUGCUACCUGGGAGGAUGUUCUUUCAGCUGAAUCCAAAUCCAUAGAGGAUGCCAUAAGAUGUGGAGGAUUAGCACCUACAAAAGCCUCUUGCAUAAAAAACAUAUUGAGUUCUUUGUCGAAGAGAAGAGGUAAACUAUGCUUGGAGUACUUGCACGGUUUAUCCGUCGAUGAAAUAAAGACAGAGCUGACGACUUUCAAAGGAAUUGGUCCCAAAACGGUGGCCUGUGUUUUGAUGUUCAAUCUUCAGAAAGAUGACUUUCCAGUAGACACCCAUGUCUUUGAGAUUGCGAAGUUCAUUGGUUGGGUUCCGGAUGAUGCGGACAGGAACAAAACAUAUCUUCAUCUCAACCAAAGGAUCCCAAAUCAUCUCAAAUUUGAUCUCAACUGUCUUCUUUACACUCAUGGCAAGCUCUGUUCGAAAUGUACGAAGAGAACAGGCGCCCGACAACGAAAGGGAUCUGAAGAACAGUCUUGUCCCUUGUUCAAGUACUCCAAGGAUACUUAAAUCUGUUAACAUUAAUGUAUUCACCAAGAGUUUGUGAAAGCCUCUAAUCCAUUUUUUUUUUAUCUUCUCUUUUGUUCCUACAUUGUAUGUAGUAAAGGCCGUGCUACAAUAUCUGCAAUUAAGGAUGCUUUUACUGUAAGUAAAGUGAUUCAUUGAAGGCCAA